CACAAAAGGCGAGUUGGGCUGCUGAGGACCUUAUGGAACACUGCAGCAGCUGCUCUUAUAUAUAUGGAGGACCAUUACACUGUGAAACACCAUCGGUCGAUCCUAAAAAUAUCGAUCAACAAUAGAUGCCGACGGCCUUAGACUUGUGAUGUUGUAAGGUUCCCCCUCCCCCUGUUCCAUCGAAUAAUAGCGGCACACACACACUCGAUAUAAACAUACUGAUGCACUCGCUCGAGUAUAUGUUUCUCCUGUGCUGCUUUCGGCUCCUGCUGUACGGUAGAUCGGAAUUGUUUCGAUGCCCUGUGCUCACUUUUGGACCUCGGUGUUUUUCAUCAGGUUUUGAUUAUUUGCCUUGCGUGGAAACCCGGGCAGCUGCCGGCCCACAUCACGCCCCCGCAAAAUUGUUUUAUUUCUUCUCCACCCCACCCUGGAAAUGUUUACAGCCAGAUUAAGUUGUUGCGCUAAAAUUGGAACGUAACUUUUUCUCCGUUUCCGUCACUUGACGGACUGUGACGUCGUCGUACGUACAUGAUGAGCGAAAAAGGACGUGGACGGAAACACGUGUUGUGUUUCAUUCUGUAGGGGAAACAUUUAGCUGUCCCACCCCUGUAGAGCGUCGACCGGAAGGGUUUUCAUGAGGGCCGGAAGGAUCGGUUCCUUGUAAGAAUCUAUUUGGCCAAUACAUAAAAGAAAAGAGGAGGGCAAAGGCUUGAAUGUUGUUUAUGUCUUCUUCGAUUACUCAUUUCUUGGUUAAGAAGGAAAGGGGGAUCUGGCUUCUUUCUCUAUUUUAGAACCCCAAGAAAGUCACAUGGUUGGAAGGAGGGGGCGUCGCUGGGCGUCGUUUUCUGUUUUGAAAUGUUGGACCGACGGAGAUGAUGCGCUUCCCCCCUCUCGGUACAACAGCAGCGCACGUCUCGUUUCCGCUCCACAAGUUCCAGGAUCUUUUCAUUCAUGGAUCCCCCCCUUCUUUCUGUAUGAGCGUCGCCGUCUGCUUCUCUUUUUCUUUUGAAAAAAGUUUGUCGUGGUGGUGGUGGGGUUCCACCUUAUAGCUGCUCAUGUCCAUAGUUUAUCCUCUUUUAUUAUUUGUUCCUCCCCUUUUUCUUCCCUUCUGACGACUCCCCCCACCAUCCUCUUCUUUGAAAAGCCUGGAGGGGCUGCCAGAAGCGAUCCGGCUGUAUACAUGUUCCAGCCGUGCUGACUGGCUUGCGGCAGCUGUGCACACUUCCACCACAGGGGCCAGCAGCAGCAGCAGCAGCCGGAACGUCAAUAGACUUUCAAGCUCCACCGGUUCAGUAGCGCCAUUCGAAAGCCGACCAUCCGGCCGUGUGGACCUCUCUCUACUCCCCACUCCCAAAGUUGGUCCGUGUACGUGUGACCCAGUGUUUUUUAGUUCCUCCAUUUCCACCCGUGUUUGGUUUGUGUGAGUGUGUUCAAAGUUCCGUUGCAUUUUCCUUCCGUGGGAAAUUUUCUAAAAAACCAGCCGAGGAAUUUUGAGAUUUUGUCGAGCUCUCGCUGGCUCGCAUUUUGUUUGUUUGUGUUCAAAUUUCUGAAACCUGCAAACUCAAUUGUCUGGUCAAAUGGUGACCGAGUUGAUCACGUCCGACUCGGGGAAGACCAAGUCCAGUCCAAAGUCGCUCAAAGGUGCGAUGAAAGUCAUCAAGAAACUCAAAGGGCGCAUUGGAUUAGGCUCGAACAAUGGCGACGGCAGCGCGUCCCAGCCGGUCCUCCAGUUUCACAACACGCGCGGAGAGCACGUCCGCUUAUCGGCCGAUCGGAGCACGGCUCGUCGAGUCGAUUCUUUCUGCAAAGGCAUCGCUUUCUCUCAGCGCACUGUCCGUCCCAACGAAAAGGUUUAUUUACGUGUGGCGGAAUGUUCCACCUCGUGGAAUGGAGUACUCCGCAUCGGGUUCACUUCAUGCAAUCCGGCCUCUUUCAGCGGCGUCUUGCCCAAAUACGCUUGUCCCGAUUUGACGAGCCGUCCAGGAUUUUGGGGCAAGGCUUUGCCCGAGCGCUACGUCGAGGCCGGCGUCUUGUUCUCGUUCCAUUUCACGGCCAGCGGCGACGUCAUGCUCAACGUCAACGGACAAGAUAAGGGCGUCUUUUUGACGGGCGUCGAUGCCCGCACUCCCCUUUGGAUUAUGGUUGACAUUUACGGCAACACGACAGCCGUCCAAUUUGUCGAUCCUCGAGGCAGUUUGAACAAUAAUCCCAUGCGCAACUCGCCGACACGGAGGAGUACCACCUCGUUGCAUUCGAGCGCAUCCAGCAGCGGAAUCAGCGGCACCUUGGCUGCCAACGACAUGAACCAACGCCCGCACCACCUGGCCCAUCAGCAGAUGCACCACCAGCAGCAAAUGCCACGGCCGCGCAGCGAGGCCGACCUCCUCGUCUCUAUGAACGCGCUCAACCUGAACCGAGGGCCGCACCAAAUCCCGUCCUUGCCCCUUCCGCCCAUUCCGGGCUCGGCUGGUCACCACCACCUCCAGCAGCAGCUGCAGACCAACAACACGAUACAGCCGCCCGCACCACCCGCCGUCCUCCAAAACUUCCCACCUCCUCCGCCUCUGCGCCACUACCGCCAUCACUCUUUCCAGCCGCUGACGUUUCACCCGCGCACUCACGGAGUCAACAUCCGCAUGGGAUCCGACUGCAGAACGGCCGUCCGCCACGACGCCGAAUUCUGCAAUGGAUACGUCCUUUCGUCCAGGCCCAUCAGUCCAGGAGAGUCGUGGGUCGUCCAGAUUGUCCAGACGGAAUCCAUCUACGUCGGCGGAAUGGGAUUCGGAUUCACCACUUGCAAUCCGGCGUCUCUGUCAUCCACUGACUUGCCCGACGAUGCCGAUCAACUUCUCGACCGACCGGAGUAUUGGGUUAUCUCCAAGGAUGUUGCGCAUGGGCCCAUCCUGGGCGAUGAGAUCGAAUUUCAUCUGUCGCACAGCGGCGAAGUGACGAUGAUGAGAAACCGAGGCUCUGCCACUCUUUUGAUGCAUGUUGACGUUUCCCUACCCUUGUGGGCCAUCUUUGACGUCUACGGCAGCACCAGAGCCGUCCGCCUCCUAGGCACCAUCUCGCCACCUCAGUCCGUGCCGGAACCGCCCGCUGUCAUCUACCAGGCACCGCCCCGUAUGAGUCCGCCUCGCCCCCAGCAACAGCAGCAACAACAGCCGAUUUAUCAAAGCAUCGGGUCAGCAACUCACAUGAUGCAGCCGACCAUUCCGGCGGGCGUUUUAUCUUCCGGCACGGCCUCGUCUUACGUGGAGACUCUGACGCAGAGUCUCAACUGCCAAACGGCUAGCGGUGGUGCCAGCAGCGAGUGCACCGUCUGCUACGAGCGCAGCGUCGACUGCGUCCUCUACUCGUGCGGUCACAUGUGCCUAUGCUACGAUUGCGCUUUGACGCUCUACCACGGCGGGAGAACAGCCGGCGGCCAAGGAUUGUGUCCCAUCUGCCGGGCACCUAUCCGCGACGUCAUUCGAGCCUACCGAUCCUAGGUUAAUAAUCCGACCGAUGCGCAUUUCUUCCUUUUUCUGUCCUCCUCCAAAAGUCAACAAAAUGAAAUGGUGUUUUCCUUUCUCCCUCCCAAACUCGGUGCCCUAGUCGGUUAACUCCAAAAAGUCACAGGCAUUCGAAACCCUUCAACUCCUUUCAUCCAUUUCUCCUUUCGUCCAUAUUCUCCUUUUUCCAAUUGAUCACGACACAUUCAGAAUUUCAAAUCAUUUGAAUCAAACAGUGGUCGGCGUGUACAAAAUGAACGCAGAGUUGUUGGUAUUAUGAAUUCAGAGCCAGCAAACAAACACACACACAACAAUUUGAAACAGGGAAAAAAAGAUUUAUUUCCUUUUUUUCGCCUCACGUGUUAUUGUAAUUUGGUUUUCAAACCCCAAGAAAAAAAAUUUCCCCUUUCUCUAGUGAGCGUUCGUGAAUUACAUUUGUGUGUAGAUAAGCAAAAAAAAAAUUAAA